AUGGCUUCACGGGGAGCAUUUGGCUUCCGGUCUGGGAGGCAGACCGAAAAGGAGGAUAAGAAGAGCAAGACACCGGCUUUGUCAAGGACUCCUUCGCUGACUUCUAACACACCGAGUACCUCCAAACCUGUCAGCCACUCAACGUCCUUUUUCUCCAGAAACAAGCACAGCAAGUCGAAGGGCGACGUAUCGAGUACCGCCUCCAACAUUCCCGGAAUUGCAGGACAACAUGCGUUGGGCGUGAGCUCUGCAAGGACGAAUACAGGCGCAUCAUCUGACGCUGGAUCAGCGAUGUCUCUUGGGGGUGUUUCAACCGGGAAGACCACAAUCCAAAGCAAAGCAGGAAAACCUAGACAUGUGCUCAGAAGGAAAGCACCAUCGAUAGAGCAGCAUGGCGCUUACGCACGGACAGAGUCUUCUGCAUCUUCCUACGAGCCUACACCUUCACGGCAAUACUUGGGUAGCAAAAGUUCACCCGGCGGCUAUACAGAUACUGGGCCAAGGUCCAUUCUGGGAGUGACAGCUCCACCGACUUCCAGCUCAUCUGUAGCAAAGAUACCGAGAGGACUAGGUCUGGGGGCAGAAUUCGCCACGUCGAGUUCUCACAUGGCGAGCUACAAUAGCCGCAACAACAUGCCACCUUCUUCCACUCCGACUUUCCCUCCACCCACCCCGACAUAUGCCCAAGACAGUGGCUCCUCCACUCGUCGGUCUGAGUCGCCUAGCGCUUUCAGUCGAACAUCGACGCCAACAUCAAUGUCGUCUCAAUCGCCAGGUGUACCAACUCCUGCAAAAGCUCCAGUUCGCGCGCGACCGACUAGCCCAUCUCGAAGUCGCCCGCCAGUCACAAGAAACAGAUUUGCAGAACGCUUGAUACAUCAUGAGGACAAUGGAAUAUCUCGUAACACAGGACUGACAGCGGUACGGGAGUCUGCCACUUCAUCGUCAUCUUCUUCGACUUUGAAGCCAGAAUCGAGAACCGGUACCAGUAGAGCUGCUUACGCAGACCGCUCCUCGCCGCAAGCUGGAAACCUGCCAACGCGCACGUCUUCGAAGAAAGAAUCGACUUCGCAGUCUCAGUCUCAACCUCAGGGUUUCCCACAGCGCAAAGGCUCGUUAAAUUACGGGCUUGAGCAGCGUCAGAUGAAUGCCAAGCGACUGGCAGAGUCCCCCUUGGAACCAGAUGCGGAGCCACCGCGAUCAAGGACAGCUCCACCACGACCAAGUCGCGACGGCGUCCCACAGCUGAACGUAGCGUUAGCUUCACCUACAGAUCACACCCCUCGGCUUCAGCCCAGCGCUCUAGCUUCGGACGGUAAAAGCCGUGACUCCUUCGAUACCGACAGACCAGAGCCCGAAAUUAGGCUUGGCUCGAGUCGCUCACUCAAGCAUGGCCUCGGCCGAUCACCGUCAGAUGUGACCUCCGUCCAGCCCUCGCGCAUGCCAUCACCGAAUCUUUUGGCUUCUCGUCAGGCUACUCAAACAAGCCCCUUCUAUUCUCGGCCUUCUCCAUCCUUGGAAACUAGUCUCAUCAGCGUAAAAUCUUCGAAAGAUCUAAGUCCGCAAAGUGCUGGAUCGGCAAAGUCUUCAAGCCGUUUUGGCUUCUUCUCACGACGAGCAAAGCAUCCGCCUGAAACUCCUUUGUCAGAACAAGCAGAAAAGACCGCCAAGAAAGGCCCUGCGGCAGGAACUGGUCACGAAGGUUAUGGAAAGUAUGCUCUAAGAGGGCGUAGUGGAAGUGCAACUACGAGUGCCAGUAGAGGCCGGUCAACGAGUUCUACUAGCAUUGGGAGGACACCAAGCAGUCGUAAAAGCAGCCUUACGAGGAGCGAUGAGCCUGAGCUUGACGAAUUCUAUCGCGACCGACUGGCACCUCGAGCAAUUACUGGCGGUGGACGUAAUGUUGAAAGCGCUAACGAUGUGUACAUGUCAGAAAGUGCACAAGGCUCAAACAAUACGCUGGAUAGCAUUGCUCGAACGAUUCCAGCCUCACAGAUACGACCUCUUCGGACCGAGGUGUCUGCACAGGAGCCCGCUCACAAAUUACACCAUGUAAACCGAAGGCUGCCUCAGAGGGAGGGUGAUCCCUCUAAGCCAGUAUUGAAUCAACCAUAUCAGCCAAGUGGCACCCCAUCACUAGCCACCCGUCGAUCGCUUCACCGAUCUCAGCUCCUCCAAGACGCAGAGCCAGUCCGGAUACCAGCACCUAUUGAUACCGCUAAGUCAGCAGCCGCUCCUUUGACUAGCCGAGACACAUUCUUGUCUUCUGUCUCGCCUACUCAUGGUGCUUCAGGGACUGAUGACAUCUCCGAAGGCCACGAGGGCAAUUGGCUGAAGGCAAAGAGAUCUGGAAAACCGAAGAAGUCUCCACGACAAUGGAAUUUCUUUCAGAGGGCACGUGGCUCCCCAAAGAGACCUGCGGUGCCUACCGCACCAAGGUCGGACGACGACUAUAGUGCUGUACAAGCCCUAUCUACUAAGGUCGCGGGAGUGACGGAAACUCGACAGGUCCCCUUCUAUGCUUUGAUGAACAAUAGCGAACAGGACCCGUACGACCAAAUGUCAUCUGGCCAGCUUACAAGGACUACGUCCGAGACAGACAAUCAAAGCAUCUACUCAAGAUUCCAAAGCAGAGACCACAGUCCAGCGAGAGAACAGCGCAAGGAGUCAAUGCUACUUCCUUCUCCACCGACCUUGACCAUGGAAUUCGCGAAGCAAGCCAAUUUGCAACGAUCGCCAGAGCCAGAAGCGCCUUCAAGAGUCUCCUUAGAGAAGCCUGAGCCAACAUCGAUUUCGGAGCCUAGGAAGCCAAGGCUUCAACAGGUUGGCCGCAUACCAAGAGUUGUGUCGAAACGCGACCAUGUUCACCGCCCUGCACCGCAAUCAUUCUCACGUCCGCGGCCGGUGACUCCUCGAGAGGAUCCGGUACCACACUCUGCUCCUCCUGUUGUCGAAGCGGGAACACUUCCAGAACCUGAGCGGCCAGUUCUCGGUGUUCAGACGGAAGCCCUACCACAAAGGCCUUGGGGUAGCUUAGAUUCAGGCAAACCUGCGAGUGCACCGGUGAAGUCAAGCGAGACAUCUGAGCAUGCCAACCAGGCAGACGAAUUCCUUGCCUUUCCUCCGAGGAUUGGCUCUGAGGUCUCUGGCUCAAGCAGUUCUGGUAUCCUUAGUUUUGCUGCUGCGACUACAGCUGUAGUUCCAGGACCCGGCGCUGCGCCUAAUGAUGACGAGAUCUGGAACGAAUACAACGAGUUUCUCGACACUGUUCAGACUCCGACUCCGCUGAGGAAUGAAAGGACCAAUCCAAUGGAAAAGACAGCGCAACAAAUCCGCAUGCAGCCUGCCCCCUUGCACGUUCGAAGAGACUCGUCAGUCACGGGCUCUAGAUCUGGCAGCCCCGUGAAGGAGCACGCCUCAACGUAUCCUCCGGCGUCUGCUCCUCCAAACAAAGAUCUCCCAAUGCCUCCGAAACGAGGGAAGCUUUUCGAUGCCCAACCACCGACUCCAGGAACUAUUUCCGACCUGCUUGCUAGCUAUGAUCGUAACAGUACAGCUUCAAAGCAUCGCAGCCGUUCGACAACCAGCCGCUACAGCACUAGCUCCAUCGAAUCUGAAGCUGAUUCGCUUGCUGGGCGUGAAGCUCAAGGUCUGCAGCCUGGCUUCUGCGCUCCUCAGACCGCUGCAGCUUCACGCCUCUCUCAAAUCUAUCUUCGCCGCGACGCUUUACUGGCAAGCCGGUGGUUGUCUUUUGAUCGCGUACUUUUCAGUCCUGCACAUUUCGAGAUUCAGACGAACUCAAAGAACAAUGUCCUCAUUCUGGAUGGCUUGGGCAAUGAUGAAUGGUCCUUCUACUGUGCAGAGAAUUAUCCAAAAACGCAAGUCUUCAAUCUCAGCAGCAGCUUCAGAAAUGACGUGGCGCCGACUGCGUCAAUACCAGGAGUCAGCCCACCUCAAAAUCAUCAACAGCGCCGCUACCUAGGACUUGAUCGCCCGUUCCCUUUCGCCGGAGAUACCUUCUCAACUGCUGUCUUCCGCUUUCCGGCUGCAACCAGCGAUGCCAACUACUACAACGCAAUCUCCGAACUAAAGCGAGUCCUUCGCCCAGGUGGUUAUCUUGAGAUAAGCCUGCUUGACAUCGACCUGGUGAACAUGGGCAAUCUAGCUCGCAAAGCUCUACGCGGACUCAAAGAACGCAAGCAUACGCAAGACCCUGAAGUCUCCUUGAAGCCUGUAAGCGACAAUAUCCAGAAAAUGCUCGGCAAGAAAGGGUUCGAGAAUCUCAACCGCUGCACGCUCGACGUGCCAGUGGCUGGCUUUGUCAAUAAUUCCCGCGCUGAGUCUUUCGACGAGGCUUCUGGGAAAGAGCUGCCUCCUAAACGAAAUAGUGCCCGGGCAAGUGGGAGCAUUGCGAAGAAUCUUUCCAAAGUAGGCCGGUGGUGGUUCACCAGCUGCUACGAGUCUGGCUUGCAAGGCACGAUGUGGAAUGAUAAGGCACUGCUUGCCGAGUGCGAGGCUCGCGAGACAGGCUUCAAAUUGCUCUUGUGCUAUGCGCAGAAGCCAAUCAACAAACGAAGGACACGAUCCUUCUGA